AUGGCUCCAGCAAGGAAACAGUCGAGUUUGCCCGCUGGCUACAAGGAGGAUCUCAGCAAAGGCGCGAUGCUGCGCUUUGAGGACUCUCUUCCGCGUCUUCCUGUCCCUACACUCGAGGAGACAGCAAAGCGAUACCUCAAGUCUGUCCAUCCGCUGCUUUCACAAACCGAAUACGAUGCGACCACAAAGGCUGUCAAUGAGUUUGUAGCCCCUGGUGGGCCGGGGGAAAAGCUACAGAAGCGCUUGGUGGAGCGGAGAGAGGACCCCAAGCACAAGAACUGGAUCUACGAGUGGUGGAAUGAGGCUGCGUACAUGGCCUACCGCGACCCGGUUGUGCCAUACGUCAGCUACUUCUACUCGCACCGCGAUGACAAGAAGCGAAGAAACCCUAUCAAGCGCGCUGCUGCCAUCUCAACUGCAGUCCUGGAGUUCAAGAAGAUGGUCGAUGGAGGCAGCUUGGAGCCAGAAUACAUGAAGAAGCUGCCCAUGGCAAUGAGCUCUUACGAGUGGAUGUUCAACUGCUGCCGCGUGCCCAAGAAGCCUGCAGACACCACCACAAAAUUCCCUUUUAAGGAGAACCAGCACAUUAUCGCCAUUAGGAAGAACCAGUUCUGGAAGAUCCCUCACGAGAUCAAUGGCAAGCAGCUGAACACCAGCGAGCUCGAACUGCAGUUCCAGCGCGUGUACGAAAAGGCCGAAAGAGCCCCCGCAGUCGGUGCUCUCACAUCUCAGAACCGCGAUGUUUGGUCAGACAUCUACCCCAAGCUCAAGGUUUCCCCUGUCAACGCCGCAUCCUUACAAGACAUCGAGUCCGCCUCCUUUGUCGUUUGCCUCGACGAUGCAUCCCCCGUUACUCUCGAAGAGCGCGCACACCAGUACUGGCACGGCGAUGGCACAAACCGAUGGUUUGACAAGCCUCUCCAGUUCAUCGUCAACGAGAACGGCACAUCUGGCUUCAUGGGCGAGCACUCGAUGAUGGACGGCACACCCACUCACCGUCUCAACGACUACGCGAACCAACAAAUCUUCACCAACGCCCUCCCCUUUGACGACCCCAACGUCCGCUCCGACCUACCCAACCCGAAACCCCUGCGCUUCGAGAUUAGCAAGGAGCUUCAGCAAGACAUUGAGGAUGCCCAGGCACACUUUGCCCGUCAAAUCGGCGCCCACGAGUUGAGGGUACAGGCAUACCAAGGCUACGGCAAGGGCUUAAUCAAGAAGUUCAAGUGCAGCCCCGACGCCUACGUACAAAUGAUCAUUCAACUCGCCUACCACAAAUUCUACGGCAAGAACCGCCCCACAUACGAAUCCGCCGCCACCCGUCGCUUCCAGCAAGGCCGCACAGAAACAUGCCGAACCGUCUCGGACGAAAGCGUAGCCUUCUGCGCCGCCAUGGCCGACGCAAACGCCACACCAGAAGAGUGCCAGCAGAAGCUCCGAGCAGCAAUCGACGCACACGUCAAGUACAUCUCCGACGCCAGUGACGGACGCGGUGUAGACCGCCACCUCUUCGGCCUCAAAAAGUGCCUCAAGGAGGGCGAGGAACUACCCGCUCUCUACCAGGAUCCGGCGUACACCUACAGCUCCACGUGGUUUGUUUCCAGUUCGCAGUUGUCCAGCGAGUACUUCAAUGGCUAUGGCUGGAGUCAGGUCGUUGAUGAUGGCUGGGGUAUUGCGUAUAUGAUUAAUGAGAAUACUAUUCAGUUCAACGUUUGCUCCAAGGGGCUGGGCUCAGAAAAGAUGAGCUUCUAUCUUAAUGAGGCGGCGGGUGAUAUGCGGGAUAUCAUGAUGCCCACCCUUGAUGCUGCAAAGGCCAAGUUGUAGUUGUUUAUGCGAGGGAAAGUUUGAACUGAGACUAUGAGCUAGAUCUGGUGGUUUUAGAGACCUUUUUAGAUUUUAUUCAAGAUUUGUUCAAUAUCA